AACUUUAAGAUUAAUAAAAGAAUAUUGUUGGUCACUGACCCUAAAUGCAUAUAUACCAAGUAGAGUAUAAAUCAUCGUAUGUACUCGAUAUUUCGAAUGUUCCAUUUCUAGAUUAGUAGCAGGUUUAUUUUAGCCUCUCCUGGUUGCACGCCAAGGAACAUCGCUUCAAUCUUCAGCCGACAGUCGAAGCGGAUUCAUUAGUUAGCGAAUCUAAUUUAUUACGAUGGCCGCUAAACAUUAUGACGUAUUACGAGACGACAAAUACGGUCGAUAUUUAGUUGCCAACAAGGACUUAGAUAGUGGUGAAUUAAUAUUCACGGACCUACCAUUCGCUGUUGGACCUAAAGCAGAUACUCCUCCAUUAUGCCUUAGUUGCUACUGUCCUGUGGAGAAUACAUUGUGCUCUCGGUGCGGCUGGCCGGUAUGCGGAGCGCAAUGCGAACGAUCGCCCCAACACGCCGCCGAAUGUGAGAUCUUUAGCUCAGUUAAAGUGCGCUUCCAGCCAGUGACUGACUGGACAGCUAGCGCUCCCCAACUUGACUGCAUCACACCUUUGAGAUUACUUCUAGCAAAAGAGAAAGAUUCAGAGCGAUGGCAGAAAGAACUAGAAAUGAUGGAGGUACAUUCGGAGGCGCGGCAGCAGCGGCCUUUGUGGUCCGUGGAUCAAGUCAAUAUCGUGAACUUCCUGGUCGUCCACUGCAAGCUAGGAGACCGCUUCAGCAAGGAAUUGGUGGAGAAGGCUUGCGGUAUACUUGAGGUAAAUGCAGUAGAAAUACCAUCCCGAGGUGGAUUCAGUAUACGCGCAGUGUACCCGCGCCUGGCCAUCGCCGCGCACAGCUGCGUGCCCAACAUCGUGCAUACCAUCCUACAGGACAAUUACAAGGUAGAAGUAAGAGCGGCAAUACCUAUGAAGCAGGGUGACCCUUUACAUCUAUCUUACACGCACGCUCUCUCGCCUACUAUCGUGCGACGAGAAUAUCUCUUAGAGUCCAAGUUCUUCAACUGCGAUUGUCCGCGUUGUUCUGACCCUACAGAAUUGGGCACACAUCUUAGUACUGUUAAAUGUAGCAAGUGCGAUAAUGGUGUUAUUUUAUCUACGAAUCCUUUAGACAAUGAAGCACAAUGGCUUUGCACAGAGAAGACGUGUGGUUUCAAGACUUCUGGCAGUGCGAUGCGUAAGAUGUUAUCUGUGGUACAAGCCGAAGUCGAUCUACUGGACGCCUUAGAGCCUGGACCACAGGCUAUUGAACAGAGAGAGGCUACUCUCAAUAAAUAUAAAUCAGUUUUUCACCCGCGUCAUUCGAUCCUUAUAUGCAUUAAGUACGCGUUGGCGCAAAUGUACGGGCGCGUGGCGACCUACUCCAUUGAUGAACUAACAGAUGUGAUGUUAGAGCGCAAGGCUGAAUUCUGUAGACUAGUGCUGAAGACUCUAGCUGUUAUCAUACCUGGUGAUAAUCGGAUGAGAGGUAUGAUUUUAUAUGAAUUGCAUGCACCACUGAUGUAUCUCGCAAGGAAUGAAUACAGUAUUGGCCUUAUAACAAAGGAGAAGUUGAAGGAUCGAUUACAAGAGCCCAUUCAAUGUCUUGCUGAUGCUGAGAGGAUCCUAAGUCGGGAAGACCCACAGAGUCCCGAAGGAAUGACCGGGCUAAUUGCUGCUCAAAGCUUAGAACAACUAAAAGCAAGCCUAGACGCCAUAUAAUUCAAAGAACUUACUAAUAUUAAAUUUCAAAAGACAUUAUAACAUAGACUAGUUUAUAAGCAAAGUUGUUUCCAUAAGAUAUUUAUUUUAAAAAUUCAUAUGUUAAAAUUU